AUGCUUUUGACAGGCAGAUCUCGAGCACUACAUCCGCGAAAGGAGUUUCGCCGUUACACUCGAAUAUGUUAUUUAGCACUGUCCGCUAUAAUAUCAUUGUUCAUAAUCAGCAGAGUUCUAAAUAGGCAAGAAUAUCUGCUUUCAAGGCCUAAUACAGCGCCCUCUAGGUCUACUAUUAUCCGCCCAGGAGAUAUAGUCAGUAAGAUCUCGCGGGAAGUGAGGCCACGAAAUGAUCAAGCGCCAUUUGCCCAUGAGCCAACGGGGCUUGGAACAUUACGUGAUGUUCGGUACGUUGCCCACUGA